AUGUCGGUCUCGUCGCCGGAUUCUCCAGCUCGCCAUGCACCGCUUCGCCCAAUCUCUGUGGAAUACAACUCUCUCCGGCCGUCCUCUGUGGCGGCUUCCCGGACGUCCGUACCUACCCAAUUGAUGAGCCCUAGCGAUUUAGUUGGCCCUUCGCCUGUCACGUCGGUCGGGACCGAGGCCACAGAAAUCGAAGAUGACAUGUCCGACGAAGUUCGGUCACAGUCCAAUGCGACGAACCCAGAGGCUCAUCCACAGCUACUGAUGUUGAGAACAAAUAUCCCGGACCAACUGCGACAGAAUGCAAGCGACGAAGCGGUAUCGGUCAUACAUGCUCCUGAGAGCUUCCAGAGUUGGAACGCCUCAGACACGACGUUGAAACAAUCACCAUCGAGUCAAAGGACAUCACCAAAAACAUCACCGAGACCAGACAACAUUACAGUGCCUCCAGCUCGUGAUCAUAAUUCCAAGGCCAAGUCUCCUGGCCUACCAACGCCGCCUCCCUUGACCACGGAUAUCAAACCUGUUCGCUACAGCGUAGAUAGUGCUACACCUAGGGCCCAGAAUCUGCAAGAUGUGCAAAGUCUGUUGAGCGAGUCCGCAAGGAUACGGUCCAGUAGCACAAGUAGCCUUGAAUUGAUACCCGAGACAAGGGAGCCUGAAACAGAUGUUGAGCCAGACCUGGAAAGUUACGACGAUGACCACUAUGUUACACCAGUUCGGGGAGAGGUACGAGAAGACGAGGAGAUCGUAUCCCUACAGACGGCACUACAAGAGUGCUGGACUCUGUGCAAUACCCUGGCCACCUUGAGCACACACCACCGAGAACGAGUUUUUAGCACUUCCGGAACCCCUGAUGGUCAUGAGAAAGCGUGGAAGUGCUGCUGGAAGUUGUGCCAGCGCCUCUAUGAUAGUCGAGAUGAAGCCGACGAGCCGUUGAACGUCAAGAUAAAUCUGGAUUUAUGCCGGGACUUCUGCCAGUCUCUGUUCGAUGUCCGCACCCGCCAGGAUGAGAUUGCCGACUCCGUUCUGCGUGUCAGCUUUGAACUUAAUAACCACUUAUAUAGCGCUCAAGACAACCGGAACCUACCUGAGGCUUUCCGAGAGAGGACUUUGGACUUCUACAUUACCUUGUGCCACCGGUUAAUGAAGCAACGUGGCGAGCUAGCAGAGGAGACAAGCUCACUGCUCCGCGCUUGUUGGUCGCUUGCGGAGAUGCUGUUCAGCAUCCGACAAAAUAAGCGAGACGGGAAGGCACCGGACGAAGAGCUGCUUGGUUCUGCUGUACAAGCCUGCUGGGAACUUUGCGACAUAUUCCGCGAGGGUUGGACUCAAAUACGCCCGGACAGGGGCACACCGCGUCCAAGUCAGACGAAUUUCUUCACAUAUAACAGGGAAGUGGACACGGACGGUCGAGCUAGCAGGCAAUCAAACCGAUCCAAGAAGAGAGAUUCGGCAGACAAACCCCGAAAGCCGCCACCAGUCCCAGAAACACCUGUGACUGAAUUCGAAGACACACCGAUCUCACCAGAUAGCGAGUCGCCACAAGUACCGAACAUCCUCGUGCUUGGGACGGACAGCAACAGAGGCGGACGUUGGUCAAGCAGCGCCUCCAAUCUGUCUGGAUACUCUCAGAGCAGCCAGAGAACUUCUAGUACGGCCACAACCGCGACGUCGGCAGAGGACCUGAACGUUACCCGCGUCAAGGCACUGAUUCUCAAAGCCGCAUUGAAUGUUGGCUACUCUCGGGACGGUGGCUCAGACGGCCACAGUAAUGCAGCCUCGCUGCAGGCAUUCGUCAAAUCCCUGCCUACGGGGUCUUUCGGCUCUCUGCCGACUCACGCCACGCUGCUCCAGAAUUACAAGAACCUUGUGGUAGCCGAUUCCUCAUUCCGACAGGCAUCGUCUCUGCCGUCGCGCGGCAAGCGGGUGCUAGCUACGGAUGUGGGGAAGAGCGUGAGCUGGAUGAUCUCGAGGUCGGGCCAGUAUGGCUUCCUGCGCGACCUGUUCAAACUUGUAUUCGGAUUUCAUCUGGAGGAGGCCGAGGCGCGGAAAAACGUCAGCAUUGCCGUCUAG